AUGGCAGACGCCAAGGUACAAAACAUCCCCGUCGACGGCGAGGACACAGAGGUCCUGGACGAAGGCACAAAGAGUAUCCUUAUGGGCAUCAUUGCCCAGCUUGGCAAGAGCACCGACCUCCAUCGCGUUACCCUCCCCACUUUCGUCCUCGAACCCCGCAGUAUGCUUGAGCGCAUCACGGACUUUAUGUCCCACCCAGAGCUGAUUAUCAAAGCGAACCAAAUCGAGGAUCCAGUUGAGCGCUUCGUGGCAGUGACACGAUACUACUUAUCGGGAUGGCAUAUUAAGCCAAAGGGUGUGAAGAAGCCGUACAAUCCUAUCCUGGGCGAACAAUUUCGUGCACAGUGGCAGUUCGCGGACGGCACAGAGGCAUUCUACGUUGCAGAGCAAGUCUCGCAUCACCCUCCUAUCUCCGCAUUUUACUACGCGAGUCCAGAAAACAACCUCAGUAUCAUAGGUGAUCUCUUGCCAAAGUCAAAGUUUUUGGGCAACAGUGCAGCAACGUUGAUGCAGGGCGAGAUCAGAGUCUCUUUCACAAAUAGGCCAGGAGAGGACUACAUUAUCACCAUGCCCAACGUUUACGCGCGUGGUAUUUUGUUUGGCACGAUGCUCUUGGAAUUGGGAGAUGUUGCCUCUGGCUUCUUCACCGGCACAUACAACGGCAUUUCAGGGAAGAUCAAGCGUGAAUCGACUGGAGAAUGCCUUUAUGAAAUCUCUGGAAAGUGGUCCGAUGAAAUCUACAUUAAGAAGGGUACCAAAAAGGAUCUGCUCUUUGAUGUCAAAACGUCCACGAUCCACCCAAAGGUUGUAGCGUCAGAAGAACAGCAGGAACCGAAUGAAUCUCGGCGACUAUGGAGCAAACUGACAGCGGCGCUCAGAAUCAACAACCAGGAUGUCGCCAGCGUCGAAAAGAACAAAGUCGAGGAGGAUCAGCGUGCAAGGACGAAGGAACGCGAGGACCGCGGACACCCUCAUGUCCCACGAUACUUUGAACCCAACGGAAACGGAGGGUUUGACAUCAAGCUGAAAGAGUACGCAAGCGUAUCUGCUAUCAUGCUGCAUUCUAUCGCUUCGCCAAUCAACUAG